CUGACGCGGGCGCCCCAGCCGCUCCGGCUCCCCGCGCUCCCCGAAGUGGCUGCGAGCCGGCCGCCCACUUCCAGGCUCGGGGACGGGAAAGUGAUGCGCGCCUCCUGACGCCGCGCGGAGCCGCCGCCGCUCGGUCUGCGCUUUCGCCCCCAGCCCAGCCCAGAGCCCCGUCUUGACCCGAGGCCAGUUAGGGCGCGCGCUGGGCGUGGGGAGCUCGCCGGCCGCCCGGGAUGGCCUCCAGUUUCAAUGACAUCGUGAAGCAAGGCUACGUGAAGAUCCGGAGCCGCCGCCUGGGGAUUUAUCAACGAUGUUGGUUAGUAUUCAAGAAAGCGUCCAGCAAAGGUCCAAAAAGACUGGAGAAAUUUUCUGAUGAACGUGCCGCCUAUUUUAGGUGUUACCAUAAGGUUACAGAACUCAACAAUGUGAAGAGCGUAGCUCGACUGCCAAAAAGCACCAAGAAGCACGCCGUCGGGAUUUAUUUCAGUGAUGACACCUCCAAGACCUUUGCUUGCGAAUCAGAUCUUGAGGCUGACGAGUGGUGCAAAGUCCUCCAGAUGGAGUGUGUGGGGACGCGGGUCAAUGACAUCAGCCUCGGAGAGCCUGACUUACUGGCCACUGGAGUUGAGAGAGAGCAGAGUGAGAGAUUCAAUGUGUAUUUGAUGCCAUCUCCUAACUUAGAUGUACAUGGCGAAUGUGCCUUGCAGAUUACAUAUGAGCACAUCUGCCUUUGGGACGUCCAGAAUCCCAGAGUCAAGCUCAUCUCUUGGCCGCUCAGCGCGCUGCGGCGGUAUGGGCGAGAUGCUGCUUGGUUCACCUUUGAGGCAGGGAGGAUGUGUGAGACUGGUGAAGGGCUGUUUAUCUUUCAAACGCGAGAUGGGGAGGCCAUCUACCAGAAGGUCCACUCGGCCGCGCUGGCCAUAGCGGAGCAGCACCAGCGCCUGCUGCAGAGCGUGAAGAACUCCAUGCUCCAGGUGAAGAUGAGCGAGCGGGCCGCCUCGCUGAGCACCAUGGUGCCCCUGCCUCGCAGUGCCUACUGGCAGCACAUCACCCGGCAGCACAGCACGGGGCAGCUGUACCGCCUGCAAGGUGUCACCAGCCCUCUGAAGCUUCAUCGAACAGAGACUUUUCCCACCUACCCAUCUGAGCACUGACGGGGCUGGCAGGAAUCGCCUGGUGACGCGGGUGAGACGCGUCAGCCACAGACCCCCCGGCCGGGCAGAGGGCGCCCAGGACGCCGUGCCGGAGAGCAGCUCCCCGUCCUGCCCACCUGCGUGGUCCUUGGGACACUCUGCAACACUCUUUUUCUUUUCUUCCUGUCUUUGUUUUUUCCCCUUUUCUUCCUUAAAAAAAAAAAAAAAAUUAGCAUACUUGAAACCUGCUCUAUAGAUAUCGACCUUUUGUUCCCUCUUUUAUGGCCGGACAGAAAGGAACUGACGCCGCUAAGUGGUUUUUCUAUUGUAGAUCCCGUGUCCCCUGCACCGCCCUGAGUUUAUCCUUUUGCGGAUUCUUGUGAUUUCUUUUCCUUCUGAGUGUUUCAGUUGUGUGACAGUACUGACAAUAAAAUGGCUCUUAAUUAUUUGUUAUUUGUUCAUACUGUAUUCCUCAGUUAUUAAUAUUAUGGUUCUGCUUUACUAUGGGCCAUCAUAUUUUAUUAUAUCCCCACUUAGUUAAAUCAGUGCUUUGACUCAGUAUGACCUAUUACAUUAAGAAGUCACCUUUCUAAGAACCCUUUAUAUUAUUUACCAGGGUUACAAUUUCUUACACCAUCUCCCCUCUCCCUCCCUUUUAAGAAAGCUUUUAUUUUGUUCCGUGUACCUUCCGAAAACGUUUUAAAAUAAAAGAUCGUUCUUCACCCA